AUGUGGCCACUGCUGCCACCAACGGCUCUCCUACUUGUAGUAUCGGCUGGCCUGAAGGCUGCAGAUCCCCCAAAGGCUGUGGUGUCCCUAGACCCUCCAUGGUUCAGGGUGCUUACGAAGGACAGUGUGACUCUGAAGUGCCAGGGAACCGGCCUCCCUGGGGACAAUUCCACACAGUGGUGGCACAAUAACAGCCUCAUCGAAAGCCACAAGUCCAGCUACUUCAUCGCAGAUGCCAGAGCUGAGGACAGUGGAGAGUACAGGUGCCAGACACGCCUCACCACACUCAGUGACCAGGUGCAGCUGGAAGUCCACAUGAGCUGGCUGUUGCUCCAGACAGUUCAGUUGGAGUUCCAGGAGGGGGAGGCCAUUCAACUGAGAUGCCACAGCUGGAAAAACACCGUUGUGCAAAAAGUCACGUAUCUUCGGAAUGGCAAAGGCCAGAAGUAUUUUCAUCAGAAUUCCCUCUUCUGCAUUCCAAAAGCAACACGUAAUGACAGUGGCUCUUACUUCUGCAGGGGGCUUAUCGGGAAAAAAAAUGAGUCUUCAGAGACUAUAAACAUCACUGUUCAAGUGGACACAGGCCUGUAUUUCUCUAUGUGGAAAGCCCUUCGAAGCUCAAUGAGGCUGGAAGAACUGCAAAGACAGAUGGAGCUGGAACCCUCAGGAAAAUGA